AUGAUGCUGUCGCCGCGAAAGAUGCUGCUGGGGUGCACGGCAUUCAUUGCUGUAUUCCUCAUUUUCAUCCACAGCCAUACGGCAUCGUACAAACUGCCAGUCAGCUCCUCGACGGGCGGUGAAGGCGGAAAGGAAAAGUCGACUCCUGUAUUCCUCGAAUCGGAUGACGGAAGGUUCCAUUGGAGCCAAGCUACAGUGCGAUACCCGGUGGAGUCCCUGAUCCCCAUUCCCACGGACGUUACGGAGAUCCCCCGGAUACAGCACGACUUCCCGCCGGAGCCGGAAGAAGCCCGCAAAGUGCGCCAGGAGCGCCUCGAGCAGAUCAAGGGAGAGUUCGUCCAUGCGUGGACGGGAUACAAAGAGCACGCAUGGCUCAAGGACGAAGUGGCCCCCAUCUCUGGCGAAACCCGCGACACCUUCGGUGGCUGGGCAGCAACCCUUGUCGACUCUCUCGACACUCUGUGGAUUAUGGACCUCAAGCCCGACUUCGAGGACGCCGUGGCGGGCGUCAACGCCAUCGACUUCUCAACGUGCACACUAACCGAACUCAACGUCUUCGAGACGACGAUCCGCUACCUGGGCGGCUUCCUCGCGGCGUACGACGUCAGUGGCGGCCAGUACCCGACGCUGCUGCAGAAGGCGUGGGAGCUGGGCCACAUGCUGUACGCCGCCUUCGACACGCCCAACCGCAUGCCCGUGACGCGCUGGAACUUCAAGGACGCGGCGGCCGGAGCGCCGCAGGAGGCGGCUGAUAUGGCGCUGUCGGCCGAGCUGGGCUCGCUGACGCUCGAGUUCACCCGCCUGUCGCAGCUGACGGGCGACGGCCGCUUCUUUGAUGCUGCUCAGCGUAUUAUGAAUGUGUUUGACGAGCAGCAGGGCCGCACGCGCCUGCCUGGCAUGUGGCCCGUCGCCGUCAAUGCCAAGGAUCUCGAUUUUGCCGGCUGGAACUCGUUCACCAUCGGCGGCAUGGCGGAUUCGCUGUACGAAUAUCUGCCAAAGCAACACGCGCUCCUCGGCGGCGCGACCCCGCAGUACCGCAAGCUCUUCGAAGACGCGGCCCGGCCGAUGAAAGAGCACAUGUUCUACCGGCCCACCGUGCCCGCGGGCGGCGACCAGAUGCUGAUGCCCGGCGACGUGUCGACGGACGAGAACGGCGGCGUGCGCCUGGACCCGAAGAACCAGCACCUGAGCUGCUUCGCCGGCGGCAUGUUCGGCAUCGCGGGCAAGAUGUUCGGUAGCGAUGAGGACGUCGACGUCGGUCGCAAGCUUACUGAGGGCUGUCUGUGGGGCUACGAGAACAGCCCCAACGGCGUCAUGCCCGAGAUCUUGUACACGCUGCCUUGCGAAGACGAAUCGUGCGCUUGGGACGAGGAGAAGUGGCUGCGUGCCGUCGAGCAGGCGCACGCUGAUGGCGACGGUGGCGAAGCGGUUGACGCGCAUGCGGUUGUUCAGGAGAAGCAUCUGAGGGAGGGCGUCACGAAGAUCGGGGACGCCCGGUACAUUCUGCGGCCGGAGGCUAUAGAGUCCGUUUUCAUCCUUUACCGCAUCACUGGCGACGAGACCCUCCGCGAGCGCGCCUGGAAGAUGUUCAACGACAUCAUACGCUUGACGAAGACGGAUAUCGCGCACGCGGGGCUGGACGACUGUCUCGCCGAAGAUCCGCCCAAGUCCGACAGGAUGGAGUCCUUUUGGACGGCCGAGACGCUCAAGUACUUCUACCUCCUUUUCUCCGAUCCGAACGUCGUGAGCUUGGAUGACUAUGUUUUCAACACCGAAGCCCAUCCGUUGAAGAGGCCGGCAUCGCGUUGA